GGUGAGUCACCUGGGCAAUGUCGUCAGUUUCUUAGGUAGUAGGCUCCUCGUCGACAUCAGUCGGUUAAAUCUCUUGUGAGCGUUUCAAAGUUAUUAAGAUUCAGACCCGUGGAAGUAAUUGUGGACGUUUUGCACCAUUUCUGGAUGCGUUAACAAAACGACAGGAGCUUGUUUCACGCAAGUUAACUGAAGCUUGAUCUGUGAGCAGGCGCGGUGCUGUUUUGCCCCACUGCGGCCUAAACACACUUUGAGGAAGCUGACUUUUUUAUUCAUGUAAGAAGGGGUGUUUUUAUUCUAUACUCAAAUUCCCGUGGUUACAAGUGGUCUCUGGCUUUUAUUUGUGUGGAAAUCUUUACGGGACUUUGAAAAUGAAUUCACUCCGUAAAGAACGGACGGGAGCGCCUGCGCUCCUGCUCCUAAUUUUACUUCUUGGAUCCACUUCUGGCCAGGAGACUGGUGAGCAAUGCUUAGCCCGAUUGAAGAAAGGUCGGGAGGAUUUUAUUCUCGAAGCCGAUGAAUCUGUGAAACACGGAGCGACGUUCAUUUCGUCGCCGCAACUGAAUCGAUAUAAGGACUGCUUGAGCGCCUGCUGCAAGGAGCCGAAAUGCAAUGUCGCCUUCAUGGAGAGAGGAGCCGAGGAAGGCCUGAUCAACACCUGCUUUCUGUUUGAUUGUCUCUACAAAAAGAAAUACGUCUGCCGCUUUGUCAGGAAGACGGGAUACAUGAAUUACAUCCUGGACACCGUUUAUGAGAGUUCUCUUAAAGAGGAUGCUCCUCCAAAUGAAUCUGACCGUCCACCAGUGGCCAAUGGAGGACAGGACCUGGUGAUCCAGCCUCAGGAGAGCGUGGCACUCAAUGGCAUAGGGAGCAAAGAUGACAAUGGGAUUGAAUCCUACCAGUGGAAAAUGCUCACUCCAUAUCCUUAUGCUGUCAUUGAGAAAACCACCUUUAAAGACCAGAUUAUGGUGUCCAAUUUGACAUCUGGGAUAUACAAGUUCCAGCUGACUGUAACCGACACCAUAGGCCAAACAGACUCAACCAAGGUUACCAUCCUGGUCCUUACCCCUGAGCAGUCUGAGCACCACUGCAUGGCUCCAAAGAAGGUUGGGCCGUGCCGCAGUGCUUUCCCUCGAUGGCAUUACAAUGCUGCCUCCGAGAAGUGUGAGCAUUUCACCUGGGGGGGCUGCAGGGAAAAUCUUAACAACUACAUCACCAAGGAUGAAUGCGUCAGUGCCUGCCAUGUCUCAGAAAAAGCAGGUAAAGCUGGUAGAGGUUUGCCAGUUCCUGCGCCUCAAGGAGAAAAAUGUGAUGCUCCGUGUACCACAGAUCAAUUCACCUGUGCAAAUGGCUGCUGUUUGGAUCCAGGCCUGGAGUGUGACUCAACCCCACAAUGUAGUGAUGGCUCAGAUGAGAAGAACUGCGAGGACUUGAACAACACAUUUCAGAUUCUGAUACAGAUUCCAGUGGAUGAACAAAAAGUGCGCUGCACAGAGCAUCCUCAGACAGGAGGCUGCAGGAAUAGUAUUAGCAAGUGGUACUACAAUCCCCUCCAGGAGGAGUGCUUCCGCUUCAACUACGGUGGCUGCCAAGGAAAUGAGAACAGAUUUGACACUAAGGAGGACUGUAUUGCAGUUUGUAGGGGGGUAACAGAAAACGAUGUAUUUUCAAGAAAGGGUGAAUAUGAAGCCAGUGUGUCUGAAAGCCAGACAGGUACUAUAGUGAUUGCUGCCCUCCUGGGUGUAGCUAUCUUCAUCCUACUGUGCAUCCUGGUGUACUGCCUCAUGAAAGGAAAGAAGAAGUCUUCACAACACCAACGUGUGCCCGUCAACACCGUCCCAGUCACCUUUGAGGACAGAGAGCGUCUGGUCUACAAUAGCACCACCAAGCCCAUCUGACCCAGCAGUCCUCACCUUUGACCCCUUGUUCCUGGAAGUGAAUGACGCUGAUUCUGAGGCUGUGUCGUACACUGAGCAUACUCAGAUUGAUGAGAGAGAAAGUUUGAAUGCUGGCAGAGAUCUGUUUUCAUUUAGUCCAUAUAUGGAUGAAUUUUUAAGGGUGAGAUGUGACUUUAAGCUUGUUUUUAGUGCAGUGGUCUGUUCGUAUGAGUUGUUGGAUAUCAGUGUGUACUCAGGUUAAAAGGGCUUUUCAUUAGUGCGGAGGUAGAUUACCACUGGAUAUCUACUUUGUUUUACUUGCUUCCAUUAAAUUAUCUGAUUGUCAGUGAACAGCUGUUUUUGAAACACUUUUAAUGUCAGACCCUUAAUUGUCAGUAGGUCCACAUUGGUCUGCUACUUCAAAGUAAGAGUCUAGAUUCCUCUGUGUCUUCUUAAAAUGGACCUCUGGGAAAUUUAGUGUAUAUUUAAUGUUAUAUUGUAAUACUUUCAACUCAGCAAGUCCUGUCAGGCCAGCUUCUUUAUUCUGUCAGAUUUGUUUUUAUCCUGUUUUAUACACCGUUGUUGCAAUGGAUUACACAUACAUGUUUAAUGUUGUACAUAAUCUUAGAAUUUUGAGAAAGUAAUAUUUUACUCGAAGGUUUUUUUUGUCAGUGAUUUUUCACAAGUGUUUUUAGAACAAGCAUGAAGCAUACAUUAAAUAAUGCUUAUUGGUACCUCCUUAUGAAGCAGCAUUGCUGUUGAAUAUUCCAAAUUGUAAACGUAUCAAGUUUGUACAUAUGACGUGGAAUAGGUUUCUGUAACUUUAGCAGGAUCAUCAUGUUUAUACUGAAUAAAAAUAUCAAAUGGUA